UGUCUUAAAUUUUGCAUUGCCAAUGGAAUAUCGUGUUCGGAGUCACUGAAAAUGUUACAGAAGGCUUACGGUGAAUCGACUUUAUCAAAAACUCGUGCUUAUGAGUGGUACAAAGCGUUCAAAAGCGGUCGAGAUGUGAUGGAAGAUUUGCCUCGCUCUGGUAGGCCAUCAACGUCUGCAACUGAAGUUAACAUCGCAAAAGUGAAGGAAAUAGUGACUGAAAAUCCUCAUUCAACUUUGAGAGAGAUAGCCACCGAACUUUCUGUAUCUCACGAGUCGAUCGGUACCAUUUUAACUAAUAAUUUGGGUAUGAAACAUGUUGCCGCUCGGCUAGUCCCAAAAGACCUGAAUUUUUUUCAAAAACUCAAUCGCAUGAGAGUCGCUGAGGACAUGCUAGAACGAGUCAAUUCCGACCCAACAUUCAUGAAACGCAUUGUUACUGGUGACGAGACGUGGGUUUACGAGUUUGACAUGCAAACUAGUCAACAAGCUUCGGAGUGGCGCCUUCCAACUGAACCGAAACCGAAAAAACCACGCCAAAGUCGUUCAAAAGUCAAAGUCAUGUUGACUGUUUUCUUUGACUAUCGCGGUGUUGUGCACUCGGAAUUCUUGCCGGAAGAAGGAGCAUAUUUUGAAGGUGAUAAAAUAAAUUUGGAUGAAUAACAAACAGUUUGUGUAUUAUUGAUCUUUUCCUGCUACUUUCUUGACAGAG